GCCCCGGCGGGAAUGGCAAAAUUGGCCAGGGUUCGAAAAUUACCAACAACAGCAACUGCAGCAGAACGUCUUCACAAACGUCCUCGCCGCAAAAACCAUCGACACCAAUUAAUUUUAAAACGGAUGGGUAAUGCGCUGAAUAUUCGUGCUAGGCGAGCUAGAAGCCAAAUGAGAAUGGGAAUUAAAUUAUAUCAACAACAAAACCCUCAACAAGCAAUUAGGCAUUGGAGGGCGGCUAGAAGAAAAUUAAAAACAGCAGAAGACAAAUUUUUGACUAGCGGAUAUAUAGUCCAAGCAUACUGUGAUUCUGGAGAUUAUGACCAAAUGUUACAAGCAGCAAAAGAACAAGUAGAAUUAGCAAACAAUCAAAAUGACGAUUUAAUGCGUUCCGAAGCUUUGCUUAAUUUGGCUAGGGCAAAUGAAAGACUGGCAGAAUAUGAGAAGGCUAUAGACUUUGCAGAACAGAGUUUGGCACUUCCUGGAAUUGAUAGAAGAAGUCCGGGAUAUGCACAUUUAGUUAUUGCAAUGGCUAGAAUGGGCAUUUCCGGUCUACAACAAAGCCUAGAACAUUUUGAAUUGUCAAUGAAAAUAGCAAUAGAGACGGGUGACAAAUUGUUGGAAUUGCAAAUAAGCCUGGGAUUGGGGGCGUUAUUUACUUUGUUAAGGGAUUUGAACAAAGCUUUAAUUUUCCUUCAAAAUGCGUUGGGAAUAAUGCAUGGGAUAGAAGCUAAUCAUGUCCAUGCAAAAUAUAGAUCUGCCAUACUUUAUCAAUUGUCUGUUAUUCUAAGGCUGAAGGGACGUCUUUCAGAAGCUCGACAAGUCUGUGAGGAAUCUAUUCACCUUGCCAAACAAGUCGGAAAUAAGCCUACUUUUGCACGUGCUCUAGCUAGUUUAGCAGAUAUAUUUUGCGAAAUUGGUGAAACUGAAGCCAGAGAGACUGUUACUAAAAGUUGGGCAAGGUAUGAACAGGCAUUCCGCCUUCUAAGAAAAAUAAAUGACCGUUCUGGCCAAAUAAUUGUAUUAGCAAGCAUGGCACGUUCUGCAAGUGAAAAUAAAGGUGUUCAUUAUGCUGGCAGAUGUGAAUGUCAAGCUAUACAAUUAAAUAGAAAAUGUCUGGAAUUGGCAACUUUAAUUGGAUCUAAACAUGCAAUGAUGGAAUGCCAUUCUCGCCUUUACGAUCUCUAUAGUCAAUUAUCUGACGAAGAAAAUUCAACAGAAUCCAAUAGACAGCAAAGACAUUUGAUCCAACAAAUGGAGCUUUUUUGUAAUUUUUGUGGUCAGCGUUACGGAGAGAUUGAAGAAUCAUUACAAGCACUUAAUUGUUCCCAUAUAUUCCAUGAAAAGUGUCUACAAAAAUAUCUUUUGACUAAUGGAGAUGGCCCUUAUUCGUGUCCAAAAUGUAGAAUGGGAACUAGCUUAUUAGAAAACAUAUCUCUUUCAUCUUCUACUGCUCAAACACCUGUUGAUACUUCCGAAUUUAUUUGUUCCAACAUUCCAUCAACUUCAACUGCUUUCCUCAAAUCAUCCACUACAACAACCAAAAACCCCACACCUUUAAUAUUUUGUGAAAGAAAUUUUGAAGAAAAUCCUUAUUGUUGGUCUUCCCCAACAAAUGUUUGUAUAGAAAACCCAAGAUGUCAGAUUGAUCUUUCUACUUCAACAAACUGCUCUUUUACAGUCCCAACAGUUAUUAAACAACAGGAAUUACAAAAUAAAUGUAAAGAUAUUAGUAGUAGAAGGAAAUCUGCCCCCGUUGAUUUAGUUGUAAAUAUUGUAGAGAAUACUGAAAGGCAAGGAGAGAAAAUGAAAGGUGAAUAG